UAACAUGAAAGUAAAAAAUCAACAUAACAUUGCUAUGGUCGUUUAAAUUGUCGUUCUUUGUAUAUUUUGGAAUUAAAAUUUCGACUGUCAGCUAGUGUUCAUGUUUGAUCGAUCUAUCUAUAUAUAUAUAUAUAUAUAUAGCUAGUAGCAGGUUAUGGUAGAUAGUUUUUAGUUGGUCUAUCGGCCGUGUUGUCCAUUUCUGUCUGUGGAUUGUGAAAAUGCAGGAUUUUGUCUCAGCAGAGAAUACGAUGGAUUCAGCAUACCUGUCUCUUUUUGAGAACUCUUUGCUUCAGUCUUCCCCAUGUUUUCUCCUUUUACUUGGAGCACCACUACGAGUUUUUCAUUUUGGUUGGAGAAAUUCUCCAAAACGGAUAAAUACUCUCGGAACUAUUUUGACGGUUUUAAUUGCUGUUUUAACAUUGGGUGUGUUAGCACUUAAUAUACAUGGCUUUCUGGAAGGUGAUCCAUCGCUGACGGAAUUGUUUCCAGUGCUUGUCAUUAUAACAAUGGCAUUGGAAGCAUAUUUAUCUCGAACAAAGAAGAUAUCACGGCCUCGUUCAAAACUUUCUUCACUGUUACUACUGAUGCUGUUCUUGUCAGUUUUUCUGAGACUGUGUUUUAGCAGUUUACAAGAAGGUGUAACUUUACGUAAUGGAACCUAUGAUUUUUUACAAAGCAGCAUCCUUUUGUUAUAUUGUGUACUGGUAUUGAUUCGCCUGGUUGAGUCAUUGUUUUACAACAGUAAUAUUGUGGAUUCUUCUUCAGGAAACCAGGUUCCUGAAGAUGAUUUGAGCAAAACCAAUAUAUCUGUUUUAUCGUCACUUACGUUUAGCUGGGUAGAGCCACUGUUUAGAAAAGGACGUGAUAACAGCUUAAAACUAACUGAUUUGCCACCAUUUGCACCAUCCAGUACAACAAAAACAUGCAUGGCAAACUUCGAAAAAUAUUGGACAAAAGAAGUAACCCGAGCUAACAGUGAGAAAAAGGACAAGCACUUGGACAAGAAGAAAAUUCCAAAAGCCAGGUUACUGACUUGUAUUUGUAAGGCAUCAGGACCACAAUUACUAUUGUCUGCAUUGAACAAAUUAAUUACACAUGGAACAGAUAUCGCACAUCCAUUCACCUUGACAUUGUUGUUAGCUUGUAUAUCGUCAGAGUCACCCGAAGAGACACAGAAAGGCUACGUGUAUGCCUUUUGUAUCUUUGGAAUCGAACUGAUUAGAAUCUUUGCUGUGAUGCAUCAUAUACACAUGACUCAGGAAGCAGGGAGAAAGAAUGAACUGGCACUUACAGUAGCAAUUUAUAAGAAGAUACUAAGACUAUCAAAUACAUCAAGAAAAUCUUCUACAGUAGGAGAGAUUAUAAAUCUAUUGUCGGUUGAUGCCGGGAAAAUAGGAGCAUGUAUGUGGAGUAUAAAUGAUGUAUGGGCAGUUCCAUUAGUUUUCUGUACCUGCUUUUAUAUCACAUGGAGAACGCUAGGAAAUGCAGUAGUGAUAGGUGUUGGUGCCUUGGUGGUUCUUAUGCCUAUAUUUUCAAUAUUCAUAAAGAAAUCACAUGCUUUUCACGUUUUAAAGAAGAGUUUCACUGAUGCAAGAAUCAAAAUGAUGAAUGAGAUUUUAAACGGGAUACGCGUUAUGAAGAUGUAUGCAUGGGAAGAGUCGUUUAUGCAACGUAUUACAGAAAUACGCGAUAAAGAAUUAAAUAUGAGACAAAAAACUAAAAGAAUGGAAACAUUCCAGCACGCAUUGUCAUCAUCAACGCCUUUUAUGAUAUCAUUUUGUACUUUUGGUUCGUAUGUGUUCUUGUACCCUAACGACGCUAUGUCAGCAGAGAAAAUAUUCUUAUUUACCUGGAUGUUUAGAAAUCUUCACUGGGCUUUGCAUGCCGUUACACAUACUAUCAACAAUUUUAAUCAGGCUUACGUAUCGUAUCAACGAAUCGAGAAUUUUCUUAACAAUGAGGAAAUAGAUGACGAUUUUAUAACACGGAGUAAAGAGACAAAAUAUGGAAUUACAUUAACUGAUGGAAAUUUCAAGUGGGAUAAAACGGCAGAAACAAUAUUGAAAGACAUCAAUCUGAAGAUACCAGAAGGAUCACUUAUUGCAGUAGUUGGAUCUGUAGGAUCUGGAAAAUCUUCAUUUCUUACUUCACUUCUUGGUGAAAUGGAAACGGAUACGGCAAACAUUAAUGUAAAGGGUUCGGUUGCAUAUGUUGCUCAGCAAGCAUGGAUAAUGAAUGCAACAUUACAGGACAAUGUGUUAUUCGGCGAUAAACUGAAGCAAAAGACAUAUGAGCAAAUAAUUGAUGCAACAUCUCUAAGAAAAGACUUAGAAAUGUUUGCAGCUGGUGAUCAAACUGAAAUUGGUGAAAAGGGCAUCAAUUUGAGUGGAGGACAGAAACAAAGAGUAAGCUUAGCACGAGCAUUGUAUAAAGACGCGGAUAUAUAUCUCCUUGACGACCCACUAAGUGCUGUAGAUUCACACGUUGGUAAACAUAUUUUCGAUUCAGUUAUAGGUCCAAGUGGUAUUUUGAAGGACAAGACAAGAAUACUUGUAACACACGGACUUAGCUUUCUUAGAAAUAUGGAUAUGAUAAUCACACUAGUUGAUGGUAAAGUAGGAGAAAUAGGAUCAUUUACUGAACUCAUUGGACAUGAUGGCGCUUUUGCAAAAUUUUUGAAAAUAUAUAUGAUAGAAGAACUGACAUGUGGAGACCCUGAAGAAGAACAAGAAGCUCUUGCAUUAACAGAAGAAGUUGCAUCCGAACUAGAGAGAAGUGGAAGUUCAUCAGUUCUAAUGAGACAGCUGUCAGAGAUAGCACAAUUGAAAAGAAUGGAAUCAAGCGAGGAUGAAUCAUACAAGUCUAGACCCUCAUUACUAAGUCGUCAUUCUGAAAGACCCACAUUACUUAGACGUCACUCUGAAAUAUAUAAAAAGACGAUUGAAUAUGGAUUAGAAAAUGAAACGGUAGAAAAAUGUGUGUUGAAGAAAAAUUUUCUGAGACAACAGUCAGCAGAUAUUCAUUCUACCACAAAAUAUUUGAAUAGUUCCUUGCAUGAAAAAUUGCAUCAUACUUCCAAUCAACAUUUGCAGUGGUUAGAAGAUAGAAACAUAUACAACCCUGACCCCUUAGAUGAUAUUAUAAACGAUAUAUGCGUUGAAGACGAAAGUGAACACAGUAUUAUGAAUAGACUAUCCUCACGUUGUUUGUCAAGACAAGCAUCAAAGUGUAUUAUCACGAAUGAUAAUGAAAAAUGCACCAAAGCAUCACUGAUAGAAGAUGAAACCAUUGAAUCAGGAACGGUGAAGGUCAGUGUUAUAAUGUCCUACGUGCGAGCUAUUGGUAUUAAGUUGUGUAUAAUUGCAUUAGCAUUCAAUAUGGCACAUUACGUAGCGGAAAUAUAUUUGGACGUGUGGCUAAGUAAAAUCACUGAUGAUGCUAGUUCUGACGAAAAGGACCGACCAUCUAUCAAAAUGAGAGUUGGUGUGUAUGGAGCCAUAGGCUUAAUAAGAGGCAUACUUAUCCUGAUAACAGAACAAUUGGUAGAAAUCGCUAUGAUAAAUGGAGCUAGAAAGCUCCAUACUAGCUUACUAAACAACGUUCUCAUGUCACCGAUGAGCUUUUUUGAUUCAACUCCACUUGGUAGAAUCAUCAACAGAUUUUCAAAAGAUAUUGAGUCUAUUGAUGAAGACAUUGUAUUUAUGUUCAAAGAUGUAGUAGUCAGCGGUUUCUAUUUUAUCAUGUCUGUAAUGGCCAUGUGCAGUGGGACACCUCAUAUGAUUUUGGUCGUGGUACCAAUAAGUAUGGCUUUUUGGUACAUCCAGCAAACAACAGUACCAACCCGACGGCAAUUGCAAAGACUAAGUUCAGCUGCGCGAUCACCAAUAUACUCCCAUAUGGGUGAAACCAUAUCAGGGUGUUCAACCAUACGAGCAUACCAACAGGAGAGUAGAUUUAUCCAAGAGUUGAUAAAUCGAUGCGAUGAUUAUAGUAAUUGUAUUAAUCUUAUUUGGUCAACAGGAAAAUGGACACAUAUCAGAAAUGAUUUCCUUGGAGCGAUUGUAGUAUUUUGUGCCUGUAUGUUUUCGCUGAUUGGUAAAGAUCAUCUCACUGUAGGGAUUGUCGCUUUGACAUUUACAUAUGCCUAUAAAAUGAAGGAUCUUAUUCGAUGGUUUAUGUUGAAUUACGCCGAUUUUGAAACCAACAUUGUUAGUAUUGAAAGAGUCACUGAAUUCGUUGAAACUCCAAAAGAGGCGUUAUGGAGGAUUCAAGAAACAAAGCCAAAACCAACAUGGCCAGAUGAAGGUCGUGUAGAGAUGAACGACUAUGGUGUUCGCUACAGAGAGGACCUUGAUUUAGUAUUAAAAGGAAUAACCAGUAAAAUACUGCCCUGUGAAAAGAUUGGGAUAGUUGGAAGGACUGGAGCAGGAAAGUCGUCAUUGACAAUGGCCCUCUUUAGAAUACUUGAACCAGCACAAGGCAAUAUAAUUAUCGAUGGUGUCGAUAUUUCCACAAUUGGGCUUCACGAUUUAAGAUCAAAGAUCACAAUCAUACCACAGGAUCCAGUUCUUUUCUGUGGAAGCAUCAGGAUGAAUUUGGACCCGUUUGACGUUUUCUCGACUGAAAACAUUUGGAGAGCACUAGAACAUGCCCAUUUAAAAGAUUUCGUCCAAGGACUGGAAGACGGUAUGGAUCACCAAUGUUCUGAAGGCGGGGAAAACCUAAGUGUUGGUCAGCGCCAGUUGGUGUGCUUGGCAAGAGCCUUACUACGGAAGACAAAAAUCUUGGUGCUAGAUGAAGCAACUGCUGCCGUUGAUUUAAAAACAGAUGAACUUAUACAAAACACAAUUAGAACAGAGUUUGCUGAUUGUACAGUAUUGACCAUAGCUCACAGAUUAAACACAAUUAUGGAUUACACCAGAGUUAUGGUACUUGAAACUGGAAGAAUAAAGGAGUUUGAUUCCCCCACCAAUUUACUACAAAACAAAGACAGCGUCUUCUACAGUAUGGCGAAAAAUGCUGGACUGGUAAAAUGAAAUUUGAAAAGAGUUCAAAUUGUAGAAAGCAUUCAUAUUUGACGUCAAAUAUAAAACAGAUGCAUUUAUUGCAUAAUUUCUAAUUGAUUGCAUGAAUCAUGCAUAAUAAAUGUCAUCGUGUGGAUUCAUUUUAAA